AUGUCUGACAGUUCAAAGUUACCACCACUUGCAUCAGAUGCUGUCUUGAAACAGUCUGUUUCAGUACCCGAUAACUUCAUAAAAGUCAAAGGCAUUGAUUAUUCUAAAGAAAAUGCUUACAAUAUGAACGCAGCGGAUCUCAUUGAUUCAAUGAAGACUAUGGGAUUUCAAGCAACUUCUGUAGGAGAGUCUUGUGACGUUAUUAAUAAGAUGAGGAAUUGGAGAGGGAAACAUAUCGAUAGUCUAGGAGAACACGAGAGGAAAGGAGAAUUUGAUAACGAAGGAUAUCAAAAAUCAACAAUUUUUUUGGGUUAUACUUCAAAUUUAAUUUCAUCUGGCCUCAGAGAGACAUUAAGAUUUUUGGUGCAACACAAAAUGGUCAGUGCCAUUGUAUCUAGUGCUGGUGGUGUCGAAGAGGAUUUAAUCAAAUGUCUUGCUCCGACGUAUCUUGGUGAAUUUAGCUUACCAGGUAAGCCUUUAAGAGAUCAAGGUAUGAAUAGAAUUGGUAAUUUAUUAGUUCCCAACGAUAAUUACUGCAAAUUUGAAGAAUGGAUAGUGCCAAUAUUAGACAAAUGUUUAGAAGAACAGGAGAAUGCUAUGAAGGAUCUUGGACCCGAAGGAUUAAAUGCUGGCUCGGCCGCUGUGUGGACUCCUUCUAAAUUAAUUGAUCGCUUGGGUAAAGAAAUCAAUGAUGAAAGUUCUGUUUUAUACUGGGCCCAUAAAAAUAAAAUACCUAUAUUCUGCCCAUCUUUGACGGAUGGCUCAAUAGGGGAUAUGUUAUUUUUUCACACCUAUAAGGCUUCGCCAUUGCAGUUAAGGUUAGAUAUAGUUGAAGACAUAAGAAAAAUUAACUCGAUGUCAAUGGAAGCCUCCCACGCGGGAAUGAUCAUCUUAGGUGGUGGUUUGGUUAAGCACCAUAUUUGUAAUGCAUGCUUAAUGAGAAACGGCUCUGAUUUUGCGGUCUACAUCAACACUGGUCAAGAAUUCGAUGGUUCUGACGCGGGUGCAAGACCUGACGAAGCCAUUAGUUGGGGGAAGAUCAAAGCUGAUGCAAGGAUAGCGAAAGUCUACGCUGAUGCAAGCAUUGUGUUCCCAUUGAUCGUGGCUGCCACUUUUGCGGCAAAAAGGCCACAAAACUAG